CUCACUCGGCUCGGGACGGGACCGCGAGCACAGGCCGCUCCGCGAGCCUUGGACCCCCGGCAGCUCUCCACUCUCGGACCCAGUGGGCAUCGAAGCGACCAUGUUCAGCUGGCUGAAGCGGGGUGGGGCUCGGGGCCAGCAGCCCGAGGCCAUCCGCACGGUGACCUCGUCCCUCAAGGAGCUGUACCGCAGCAAGCUUUUGCCCCUGGAGGAGCAUUACCGCUUUGGAGACUUCCACUCCUCGGCCCUGGAGGACGCCGACUUCGACGGCAAGCCCAUGGUGCUGGUGGCUGGUCAGUACAGCACGGGCAAGACCAGUUUCAUCCAGUACCUGCUGGAACAAGAGGUCCCCGGCUCCCGCGUGGGGCCCGAGCCCACCACGGACUGCUUCGUGGCCGUCAUGCAUGGUGAAACCGAGGGCACCGUGCCAGGCAACGCUCUGGUCGUGGACCCAGAGAAGCCCUUCCGCAAACUCAACCCUUUCGGGAAUACUUUCCUCAACAGGUUCAUGUGCGCCCAGCUUCCCAACCAGGUGCUAGAGAGCAUUAGUAUCAUUGACACACCCGGUAUCCUGUCGGGAGCCAAGCAGAGAGUGAGCCGUGGCUAUGACUUCCCGGCCGUGCUGCGCUGGUUCGCCGAGCGCGUGGACCUCAUCAUCCUGCUCUUCGACGCGCACAAGCUGGAGAUCUCGGACGAGUUCUCCGAGGCCAUCGGCGCCCUGCGAGGACACGAGGACAAGAUCCGCGUGGUGCUCAACAAGGCCGACAUGGUGGAGACGCAGCAGCUGAUGAGGGUCUACGGGGCGCUCAUGUGGGCGCUGGGCAAGGUGGUGGGCACGCCCGAGGUCCUGCGGGUCUACAUCGGCUCCUUCUGGUCCCAGCCGCUCCUCGUGCCGGACAACAGGCGACUCUUCGAGCUGGAGGAGCAGGACCUGUUCCGCGACAUCCAGGGCCUGCCCCGCCACGCGGCCCUGCGCAAACUCAACGACCUGGUGAAGCGGGCCAGGCUGGUGCGGGUACACGCGUACAUCAUCAGCUACCUGAAGAAGGAGAUGCCCUCCGUGUUCGGGAAGGAGAACAAGAAGAAGCAGCUCAUCUUGAAGCUGCCCGUCAUCUUCGCCAAGAUCCAGCUGGAGCACCACAUCUCCCCGGGGGACUUCCCCGACUGCCAGAAGAUGCAGGAGCUGCUGAUGGCUCACGACUUCACCAAGUUCCACUCGCUGAAGCCCAAGCUGCUGGAGGCGCUGGACGAGAUGCUGAUCCACGACAUCGCCAAGCUGAUGCCGCUGCUGCGGCAGGAGGAGCUGGAGAGCGUGGAGGCGGGCGUGCAGGGCGGGGCUUUCGAGGGCACCCACAUGGGGCCCUUCGUGGAGCGCGGCCCCGACGAGGCCAUGGAGGACGGCGAGGAGGGCUCCGAAGACGACGCCGAGUGGGUAGUGACCAAGGACAAGUCGAAAUACGACGAGAUCUUUUACAACCUGGCACCGGCCGACGGCAAGCUGAGCGGCUCCAAGGCCAAGACCUGGAUGGUGGGCACCAAGCUGCCCAACUCGGUGCUGGGGCGGAUCUGGAAGCUGAGCGACGUCGACCGGGAUGGCAUGCUGGAUGACGAGGAGUUUGCCCUGGCCAGCCACCUCAUCGAGGCCAAGCUGGAGGGCCACGGGCUGCCCACCAACUUGCCUCGACGCCUGGUUCCGCCGUCCAAACGGCGCCACAAGGGCUCAGCCGAGUAGAGCAGCCUCGCGCUGCGGCCCUCGCCCCCACUAUGCCCUGCUGUGGCUCCCCAGCGCCAGUCAGCUGCACGCGAUCUCCUCCCUGGCACACACACACACACCCUGCCUGCCCACCCUGCCCGGCUGUAAGGACGUGGGGAGGGGCUCCUGCCUCUAGCUAGACCACCCUCCCCCCCCCCCAGUCAAAGCACUUAGUGGGAACCAGAGGGAACAGACGAGACUUCUGUGUCUACCUUUCUCACCUCCCCCUCACACAGCGCACUGACCACCGUUCAGCCUUUGAGACAGGGUCUGUCUCUUGCAGCCCAGGCUGGCCUUGAACUCACUGCGUGGCCAAGGGUGAUCUUGAACUUCUAAUCGUUUUGCCUCAACUUCCCAAGUGCUGGCAUUACAAGUGCGUGCCAUCAUGCAGUGCUGGGGGUCGAAGCCAGCCUUCAUGCACGCUAGGCAGGUACUCUUACCAACUGAGUUCCAUCCCUCACCCCAUCCAAAUAUUUAUUGAGCACUUAACUAAGUGCUGGACCCUGGCAGAGCGCACUGUCCCAGGGGAGGGCAUCGACGAGGUCACACAACCACGAAUUCCAGAAAGAUCCCCUUCACUUCUUUUCAUGGGCGAGUUGUCACUUGUGCCUCUCUUCCACUUCCCACCCCGUUAUAUCCUCAGGUCUUGGGACCAUUGCUGGCUCAGAGAGGACAGGCGACCUGCUUCCUCAGAUAGACCCCACUUCAGCACCUUCCAUCCACUCCCAGGAACCCCUGAGAUACUGAACACACCCAACUUUCACAAGGACCCUCGGGCAGGAAGAAAAGAAAAGCACUUAAGGUCCUUGCUCCUCCCACGAUGGCUUCUAGCCUAUACCCAGUGUCCCUGACACCCAUCGCCAAGCAGGUUCCCCGAGUUUUGGGACUGUAACAUCCUGCCCACCUUCAGGUCGUAUUUAAGUGGAAGUCCUGCUGUUAGAUUUAGAGGCCCCCUGGGCUUUACUGCAGCCCAUUGUUUUUUCUUCAGGGAUGUCCUGGGGGUGUGGCUCUUGGUGCUACAGUCUUCCCCCCUCCCUAACCCCCCCCCCCGCACGCCUCCUUGUGCCUUCACCAGGUAUUAGUGCUUGACCCUAGUGGGGGGACCUCACGGAAAAGGGGGAGGGGGAGGAGAGCAAACGACGCCCCCUCUCUAGGCUUCGUGCCGGAAUUCCCGGGCCCACCGUCCACUGUCCUGGCCUGGGAACCCAGUGGUGUCGCCACAGAGCCAAUAAAGCCGAGGCUGCUGCUUC